CUUCGUGUUCUUGAGGGGGAUACAAAUGGCGGACAAUUGAUUCACCGUUUGCCGUUGCCCUGCCUGCCUGUGGGUAUGUGACGAGAGGUGAGGACACCUGUCGCUGUAGGGUAGGGGGUGCAGUCGCUCUUCUGCAAUUUUCAACUGUUUUUAUACGCAACUUGGCAAAAUUGAGCUCCAUCCCCAAUCUGCUCAUAUCCAUCAAUUCCGGAUACUGUUGAAGAAAAAGAAAUCAAAUGGCGAGUGUGGAGAACAGUCCUCUUCAAGUGUUUUGCGUCGGGACUGCUGAUACGAAGCUUGAAGAACUCAGAUUCCUGGCCAAAUCCGUGCGAUCCAAUCUCCAGCAUUUCUCCUCCAAGUGUUCCUCAAAGAUUCUUGUGACUGUGGUUGAUGUUUCCACCAGUCAGAAAGAUGUCAAAAAUUUUGAGGAUUUCAAAUUUGUGUCAAGAAAAGAGGUUCUUUCUUGUUGUUUCGGAUCAGGGGAACCUCUUAGUACCCUGCUUCCAGAUGACAGAAGCAAAGCUAUAGCAGUCAUGAAGAAAGCGCUGAACGUGUUUCUAAGCAAUGUUUAUCGUGAUGGAGUUGUCGCCGGAGUUAUAGGGCUUGGAGGUAGUGGUGGAACAUCGUUAAUGUCAACUGUCUUCCGGUCCCUUCCUAUAGGAACUCCAAAGGUGAUUGUGUCGACUGUGGCCAGCGGACAGACAGAAGGUUAUGUCGGAACAUCUGAUUUGGUGCUAUUCCCUUCGGUGGUGGAUAUUUGCGGCAUUAAUAAUGUGAGUAAGGUGGUAUUGUCUAAUGCCGCGGCUGCUUUUUCUGGAAUGAUUGUUGGACAAUUAGAGGUACCUAAAUUGCCAGUUGCUUCGGGUAAAAAGGGUACUGUCGGCAUAACUAUGUUUGGGGUUACUACUCCAUGCGUCAGUGCUGUGAAGGAUCGAUUGGCUCGAGAAGGUUAUGAGACCCUGGUUUUCCAUGCUACUGGGGUUGGAGGGAGAGCCAUGGAGGAUCUUGUUAGAGGAGGAUUUAUACAGGGUGUUUUGGAUAUCACGACAACUGAGGUAGCUGAUUACAUAGUUGGAGGAGUCAUGGCGUGUGAUGGUUCCCGUUUCGAUGCCAUGUUAGAAAAGAAGAUACCGCUAGUUCUCAGCUCCGGAGCAUUGGAUAUGGUGAACUUUGGAUCCAGAGACACCGUACCUUCUAAAUUUCAGCAAAGAAAAAUCUACAAGCACAAUGAACAGGUGACUCUAAUGCGAACUACAGUGGAUGAGAAUAUCAAAUUUGCUGAAUUUAUAGCAGACAAACUGAACAAGUCAUCAUCCAAGCUUUGUGUCUGCCUGCCAAAGAUGGGUUUCUCUGCAUUAGAUGCACCAGGCAAGGCCUUCUACGAUCCUGAUGCUACCGGUGUUCUUAUAGAUGAACUUCAGAAGCGAAUUGACACUGAUGAAAACCGUCAGGUUAAAGUUAUCCCACAACAUAUCAAUGAUCCGGAGUUUGCUGAUGCAUUAGUGGACUCAUUCUUGGAGAUGUUUACGAACACUGAGAGUACUAGCAGUCAGAUUGUUCCCGGAUCUACGCAAGGCUCUGAAGAUCAAAUUUCUGAAUCUGGCGUCCAUCAUGACAGCAUAAUUCCAGUUCCAUAUACCUUGAACAACUUCCCUAAUGCAAAACCAGAAACUCUUCAAGGAACACAGAAGAUACUGCAGCAAUUGAAACAGCUAAUCACUGAGGGCAAACCCAUUAUUGGUGCUGGUGCUGGGACAGGCAUAUCAGCCAAGUUCGAGGAAGUCGGUGGAGUAGACCUGAUUGUCGUGUACAAUUCUGGUCGAUUCCGAAUGGCUGGAAGAGGAUCUUUAGCUGGACUAUUGCCAUUUGCUGAUGCAAAUGCCGUUGUACUUGAAAUGGCCAACGAAGUGCUGCCUGUAGUGAAAAAAGCUCCAGUCCUUGCGGGAGUAUGCGCAACAGACCCGUUCCGAAGGAUGGAUUUUUUCCUGAAGCAACUGGAGGCUACUGGAUUCUCGGGUGUGCAGAAUUUCCCGACUGUUGGCCUAUUUGACGGUAACUUUAGACAGAAUCUAGAAGAGACUGGAAUGGGAUAUAGUAUAGAGGUGGAGAUGAUUGCCAGUGCUCAUAAAAUGGGACUUCUGACAACUCCCUAUGCUUUCAACGAAAAUGAGGCGACAGCAAUGGCGAAAGCCGGUGCUGACAUUAUCGUGGCGCAUAUGGGGCUGACUACAUCCGGUUCGAUUGGUGCAAAAACUGCGGUGUCCCUCGAGGAAAGCGUGACCCUUGUACAAGCGAUUGCAGAUGCUGUUCAUGCAAUUAACCGUGAAGCUAUUGUUCUGUGCCACGGCGGGCCGAUAUCUGAGGCGAAGGAGGCGGAGUAUGUGCUGAAGAGAACGAACGGGGUUCACGGAUUCUACGGGGCUUCGAGCUUGGAGAGGCUGCCUGUUGAAGAAGCUAUCACAGCUACUGUGAAUAGGUACAAAUCUAUAUCUUUGGCUUAGCUUCUUCUUCUUCUUCUUCUUCUUCUUCUUCUUCUUAAUCAAUGAAAAAAUCAAUCAAGGUGAUGUUAAAUUACAUAUAUAUAUAUAUACAUAUAUACACAUAUACCACUUCUCACAAUAAGGAAUAGAACAUUUGAAAUUAUUUUGGAGUUUGAUUUUGUUUAUGUUAUGUUAUGUUAUUA